AUGAAAAGUUCAAUUCAUCUUAAUUUAGCUGAAAAAAUUUAUUUUUAUAAAAGAGAAUAUUUAUCUAAUAAACAACAAUGGAUAAAUGAAGUAUGUUCGAAAUUACGUGAUCGUAUUGAAUAUUUAAAUAAUUUAAUUCGAGAUAAAUUAAAUGUAUAUUUAAAUCAUGGACCAAAAUAUACUAAAUUAUCUUUACCAUCAACACCAUUUGUUGGAAAUUAUUUUUAUUAUCCAAAUGGUGAAUUUAAACAUCCAGAUGAUAUUAAUCCAUUAAUUGAAUAUGAUUCAAAUUAUCAAUUAUAUGUUAUGGCUCAUAAUGGUUGGGUUAUGAAUGAU